AUGCCUUCCAAGCGCCGAAACAAUGGCCGCUCCAAGCACGGCCGUGGCCACACUGCGAUCGUGCGCUGUUCCAACUGCGCGCGCUGCGUGCCAAAGGACAAGGCAAUCAAGCGCUUUCAGGUCCGCAACAUGGUGGAUGCCUCCUCGCAGCGAGAUUUGCGCGAAGCCAGCGUGUAUUCGAGUUUCAUGCUGCCCAAGCUCUACAUGAAGAUGCUGUACUGCGUGUCGUGUGCCAUCCACGGCCGUGUGGUGCGAGUCCGCAACAAGGUGCUGCGCGCCAGCCCCGAAGGUCGCGUGUACAAGCCGCCGCAGAAGGGUGGCGGCAAGGGCAACUGA